UCCCUUCUCUCUAUCUCUGUUGGCACUGCCUCCUCCAGUUGAUUUAAGAGCCUUGUACUCCCCCAUCUAAUCUUCUCUCUCAUCUCUAUGAUCAAAAGGCUCUAUGUUCAAUCUCGUUGACCCAUAUCAAACCCUAAACACUUCAAAUCUUCAAAGAAGGAAACAGUUUCAAAGUGAAUCGGAACUUCAAGAUCUGUUCGAUUAACUAAAUCUCAGAUUUCAUCGUGUUCAGAAAAGAUCUGGUUGAAUUAUAGAGAAAAUCGAAAACCCCAUCUGUAAAAAUUGAAUCUUUAAUAUGUCAAUCCUCUUGCCCAAAACCGAUUCGGUUCAAAUUAGAGAGGUAUGGAACGACAAUCUUGAAGAAGAAUUUGCUUUGAUUCGAGAAAUUGUCGACGAUUACCCUUACAUCGCAAUGGAUACCGAGUUCCCAGGUGUUGUUCUUCGUCCACUGGCACAAUUUAAGAAUAUUAACGACUAUAACUAUGUAACUUUGAAGGAUAAUGUCGAUAUGUUGAAGUUGAUUCAGUUGGGUCUCACUUUCUCCGAUGAAAAUGGGAAUCUACCAACCUGUGGCUCCGAUAAGCCUUGCAUUUGGCAGUUUAAUUUCCGCGAGUUCAAUGUGAACGAAGACAUCUUUGCUAAUGAUUCAAUCGAGAUGCUAAAACAGUGUGGGAUUGAUUUCAAGAAGAACAGUGAAAUGGGUAUUGAUGCAAAUCGAUUUGGAGAGCUCUUAAUGUCUUCAGGUGUUGUUUUGAAUGAUAAUAUCUGUUGGGUAACUUUCCAUAGUGGGUAUGAUUUUGGAUACUUGCUUAAAUUGUUGACCCGAAAAGAGUUGCCUAAAUCUCAAACAGGGUUCUUUGAUUUAAUCAAGAUUUAUUUCCCAAUUAUUUAUGAUAUCAAACAUUUGAUGAGGUUUUGCAACUCUCUUCAUGGUGGAUUGAAUAAGCUUGCGGAGAUUUUGGAAGUUGAAAGAAUUGGUGUUUGUCAUCAGGCUGGAUCUGAUAGUUUGCUUACUUCUCAUGCUUUUAAGAAGUUGAAAGAAGGUUAUUUUAAUGGAAACACAGAGAAAUAUGCAGGUGUUUUGUAUGGUUUAGGUGUUGAAGAUGGUGAAAAGUAAGUAGGAAAUGACCAAAUGUAAUUUGUGAUAUGUUGAAGUUUGUUUGAUUUAGUAUGGGAAUGUGUUUCAAUCUUGUGUACACAAAUGGCGAAAGAGUUGUUUGUUUUAUGGUCUUUUUUUUUUCUUCGGAUCUUUUUAUGUAACCAAAUGCCGAAAAGGGUCUUGUAGUUUGAGUACUGUAAAUUAUUACAGUUAGUGUUUUAAAUAACAAUCUUAACUUUUCUCUUA